UUCUGCUUUUCUUCUUAAUUUUUGGCUUGACAGCCACUUUCUUUGACAUUUAUGUCUAUUACAACAGUACUUUUUUAUUAUGGAAAUGAGCUUUUCAGACUCUGACGUAUCUCUGGUUGAAUCGAAGUCUUCCUUUCAUUCUGCCUAUAGAAAUAUAGAGGUUAUCUCAAAAAAAAAAAAAAAAAAAGAAUACGAGAGAGAUCACUGAGCAGGCGAAGGUUUAGUCAUGGCAGAGAGUGUGGUGAGUUUUCUACUGGAGAAGUUUUCGUCCUUGUUGGAAGAUGAGGCCAAGCUCUUGAGCGGGGUUCGAGAUGAAGUUGUUUUCGUCAAAAAUGACUUGGAUCGCAUAAGAGCUUUCUUGCGAUCUGCUGAUGCCACGGAAGAUCAAGAUGAAGAAAUCAAAGUGUGGGUUAAGCAAGUUAGAGAGGUCGCUUACGAUGCAGAAGGCAUCAUCGAUGAUUUCUUGUAUGGAUUUGAGCAUACCAAGCGACAUGGAUUCUAUGGCUAUUUGUGUAAGAUGGCUCGUGAGAUCAAGAACUUGAAAGCUCGCCGUCGAAUUGCCUCCCAAUUGCAGAGUAUCAAACUCAGAGUUACUGAUAUUUCUGAGGGGCGCCAGAGGUAUGGUUACAAACUGAGUAGUACGGAGAUCGGGUCGAGUUCUGGAACUAAACCUUGCGACUAUUCUGAGGUUAGAAGUGAUGCACGGUUGCUGGAAGAAGAUCAACUAGUGGGCAUUGAACCAAAGAAGCAAGGUCUUUUGAGUUUUCUUGUGGAGGGUACCUCUCAACUACAAGUGCGUGCAGUGCGCGGAAUGGGAGGGCUGGGCAAAACCACUCUGGUGAGUACAGUUUAUAAAGAUUUACAAGUGAAGAAUCAUUUUCAUCAACUCCAGGCUUGGGUCACUAUUUCACAAUCGUUUAAGCUAGAUGAAGUUCUGAGACAGAUUAUCCAGCAAUUUUUCAACGCUAAGAAGCUGACACUUCCUGUUAAAGUUGAGAAGUCCACAGACACACACUUCUUAAAGACAACCAUUGUUGAUUUUGUUAGUGACAAAAGAUAUUUGGUUGUAUUGGAUGACAUAUGGGAUGUGGAUGCUUGGGAAAAAGUCAAAGUUGCAUUUCGGAACAACAACAAUGGUAGCCGAGUAAUGAUUACAACUCGAAUUGCAGAUGUGGCCUCUUCCUCUACCAAAGAUGUUGGAGAAUUGGAGAACUUAAGAAGGGUGACAGUGGAAGACAAAGCAUUGUCUCAUCUCGAAUGUAUGCUUUUGAAGGAUUGCAAAUUACUGAAGGAAAUACCGUCAGGAAUUGAACGCCUAAGAAACCUCCAACAACUUCAAUUGUUUAAUAUGGCUGCAGAAUUGACAACAACUGUAUAUCGUGGAAGUCAACAUGAUAACUACUCAAAAGUAAUGCACAUUCCACGUGUUUUCAUCGGCCAGUGGAGUCCUGAAAGCGGAACUGUUGGUGAUUGGCUUUAGAGAUGUAAGUUUCAUUCUUCUUCUUCUUCCGAUAACUAAUGAGCUUUUUUAUUUAUUUUAUUCUCUGGUUUGUAAAUUAUAUUUUGAAAUUCUAGUCUUUUUUUCAUAUGUAAUAUAUAAAUUGAUAUUCUAAGUGAACAGAUUUUUCAUUACUAUGGUAAAGUGCUAUCU